ACGUCAUUAUCAUGCGUCCGUUUUGGUUCAGAAGCUGUCGCUCUGUUGCGGGCGACGAAGGGCACAGUUUUUGUAACCUCUCCGAAAUUGAGCCGUAACUGAAUUUUUCUCCAACCGAAUCUGUUACCGGCGGUCUGGUGGAUGGAACAGCAGUUUGUGUUUUUCGUUUCGGGUCUAUUGAAUGACCAUGCGGGUUGGAAAAGCCAGCGGAGGUUGCUUCUGCUAAAAGGAAUGGAUGUGGCAGAUUCCUGAGCAGAGAAGAUGACCUCGGAGGCUGCUGCCUCCUCCACCUCCCCCGCCACGGCGAGCAGCAGCCCCACUAACAGAGACUACUACUGGAUUCGCUCUUUUGUAGCUGGAGGGGUAGCAGGAUGCUGUGCCAAGACCACCAUCGCUCCUCUGGACAGGGUCAAGAUCCUUCUUCAAGGCCAGAGCCCCCAUUACAGACAUCUGGGAGUGUUUUCCACUAUCGCUGCUGUUCCAAAGAAAGAAGGCAUCCUGGGCUUGUACAAGGGCAAUGGGGCGAUGAUGGUCCGGAUAUUCCCUUAUGGAGCCAUUCAGUUCAUGGCCUUUGACAAAUAUAAAACGCUGCUCAAUAAAAAGGUCGGGAUCUCCGGACACAUCCACCGCCUGAUGGCAGGAUCUAUGGCAGGUAUGACUGCGGUGAUUUGCACCUACCCUCUGGAUGUGAUCCGAGCCAGGCUGGCCUUCCAGGUGACAGGAGAUCACCGUUACUCUGGAAUCGCCGAUGUCUUCCGUUCCAUCUUCCACAAGGAGGGAAUGAGGGGGUUUUACCGAGGCUUGUCCCCAACACUUAUUGGAAUGGCACCAUAUGCAGGUCUCUCCUUCUUCACCUUCGGCACCCUGAAGAGUCUUGGCUUGAAGCAUUUCCCGGAGCAGCUGGGACGCCCCUCGUCUGACAAUCCUGAUGUGCUCGUUCUGAAAACCCACAUCAACCUGCUCUGUGGAGGGGUUGCCGGUGCCUUCGCUCAGACCGCCUCAUAUCCUUUGGAUGUGGCGAGGAGACGAAUGCAGCUGGGUACCGUGCUUCCUGACUCAGAUAAAUGUGGAUCACCUAUCAAGACUUUAAAGUUCGUGUACCAGCAGUAUGGGAUCAGGAGGGGAUUGUACAGAGGCCUUUCUCUCAACUACAUCCGCUGUGUCCCGUCCCAGGCCAUGGCCUUCACCACCUACGAGUUCAUGAAGCAGGUCCUCCACCUGAACUAGGCUGCUGCUGAGGUCUGCCUCCAUGUUCUCUUACUGGAGCGACCUUAAACUCUCUCGGUACGUCUCACACUUCUCGAGUUCAGUGCCAGAGAGUCCGCUAUGACGGAGGAAAUCCACGACUGAACCCUGAAUGGCUUUUGUUUCCUCACACCAGAUAUUAAACUCAUCAUCACUGAAAAGUUUUAUUAUUUUUUUAUAUAAAUUUGUGGUGUUUUCUAUUCGUUAUGCUGGCGGCACCAAAACAUUUCUUGAAUGUGCAUAAGCUAACUAAUUAGCUUUCUUUGUUUGCUAUUUAAAGAAAUUUUAAGGUUUAAAAUGAUCAAAGAAGCUCAAGAAAGCAUUUUUGUUUCUUUUGUGAAAAAUAGAUAUUUUACAUUUACUUCAGAAUUCUAUAUUUGUACAGAUUUAUUUAGUUGUUUUUCUUUCUGCCAACAUGUUGGAGCUCGUGUCCGUUUGCUGAUUGAUGGCAAAAGUGAUAAAAUAUUUAGAUUUAGUCGGGACCUUCCUCUUGACAACUUAAAGAGCAAGUCACCCCCAAAUAAACUUUUUUUGUGCUGAUAAACUAAAUAAACGAGUGUCUAAUCAUGCUGCAGACACGUGUCGUCAAUAAUUUGGCACUUCAGUGCAUCUUAGUUAAAAUUUAAAUAUUCUGCCUAAAACUGGCAGUGUUGUGCCGUUGUCAGGUAAAAACUCUGCACUGUAUUUGAAUUUAAAUCUGCCACCGCUAUUGGCUAAGAAGUAUGCUAUGAUGUAAACUGGUACAUUAUGAUGUCACAAUGCUGUCGUGAGCCUGUGUGUGUGUGUAUUUGUUAGCGGCUCCGCCCUCUCGGUCUGCCAGGCAACAGCAUGUGUUGCAUUUUUCAAACAUAAAGCAGGAGUGGAGUUAGACUCUGGUAGGGGUUGACUUGCUCUUUAACAUAAACGCAUCUCAUCUGUAUAUCAGCUGAUUUCUGCUUUUUUAGGUCUUAAGUAGACUCAAAGUUUGUUUUCAAAUAGAAGUGUUCCCUUUUUAUGUCGGUUAAUUUGCACUUAAUGUUCAGCCCGUGGCUCUGAUUUUGAAUGAUGUCCAGCUCUAACAUUAAAAAAUGCUUAUUGACACAUCUGGAGGGGAA